AUGAGCGGGCAGAGCGCCGUGGCCGCGCUGCUGCAGCAGUGCCAGCGGGCCCUGGACACCGAGCUGCUGCCCCGGGCACCGGGAGAGGAGGAGCAGCGGGAAUACCGGCGGUGCCAAGCUCUGCUUCCUGAGGAGCUGAGGAGCCUGCUGUCGGAGGCAAAGGAAAUGAAGUGGCCCUUUGUGCCGGAGAGAUGGCAGUACAAACAAGAGCUGGGCCCAGAAGACAAAACAAACCUGCAAGAUAUGAUCAGCGCCAGGCUGCCUGACUUGCUGGAUUUUCUGAAGGCCUCCAUCGUGGUCCGGGACAGCAGCACGGCCACGGCCGUGGUGUUCCUGCUGGACCGCUUCCUGUACUGGCUGGACGCCUCCAGCCGGCUGCUGCGGCUGGCCAAGGGGCUGCACCGCCUGCAUCCCGGCGCUCCCAUCAGCCCGCAGCUGCUCAUCCGCCAGGCUCGCCUCGCCGUCAACGCAGGGAAACUUUUAAAAGCUGAAUAUAUCCUGAGCAGCCUGAUUAAUGACAACGGAGCAACGGGAACGUGGCGAUACGCUGAGGAGAGCGAUCGGGUUCUUGUUCAGGCAGUCUGCCUGCAAAUCAGGGGACAGAUCCUGCAAAAGCUUGGGAUGUGGUAUGAGGCAGCAGAGCUGGUCUGGGCUUCCAUCGUGGGAUACUUCCAACUUCCUCAGCCAGAUAAAAAGGGAAUUGCCACAUCCUUGGGUAUUAUGGCAGACAUCUUUGCUUCCAUGGAUGAGCAGGAUUAUGCACGCUUCAAAACCAAUGCUGACAUUGACCUGAGCCUCCUGCAGGAGUUCAACCACCGCUUGUUAUCGGCGGCCGAGGCCUGCAAGCUGGCAGCUGCCUACAGCCAGUACACCCCCCUGUUUGUCCUCACGGCCGUGAACAUCCGUGGGAUGUGUCUGCUGUCCUACAGCCACUCCAAGGACUGUCCCCCAGAAAAGAGAGAGUUCUACUUGUCUGCAGCCAAAGAAUCCUUCGAGGUGGGGCUGCUCACCAAGGAGGAGCAGAGUGCCAUCACCAGCAGGCAGGAGCUGCACAGUUUCAUCAAAGCCUCCUUCUGCCUGGCCACCGUGCACCGCUGGCUCCACGGGGACAGCCAGGAGCUCCAUGGGGUCACCCAGCUGUGCAGGGAAGCCCUGGGCAAGCUGCACUCCUACAGCACCUCCUUCCCAGAGGAGGAAGAGAAGGAGAUGCUUGCCAGAGAGAUCAUGUCUCUGGUUGCAGCUGUGAAGAGGCGCCUGCGGGUGGGAGGCUUCCCCAAUUCCGACGCCAGGUCUUACGUCCCAGACAGUUAUAAAGGCGCGGUACAAAAACCUGUCCUGCAAGGGGAAGCCAGCUUUGAGAAAAUCCUUGCCAAGCAUUCCCAGCACCACCUGUCAGUGUGCCAAGUGUUUGAAAAAACUUGCAGGAUUCAUAAAACCAUGCGGGGAGAGAUCCAGGUGGGAGCUUGUAUCACAACCCUGAGAACAGAGACCAAAACCAUGGACACCCUGUGUACUGCUGAAGACACAGCUCAGCAGAGGAGUGGUGCUGUGAAAAUCCUGGGCUCACCAACAGCAGGAAACAGCUCAGAGGGACUCAGUGGCCAAAGAAAUCAAGACAUUGGCUCUGGUGUGAUGAAAAUUUCCUUUGAAGAAGAGAUGGAGCCGUUAGAAAUGAAAAUAAACAGUGAAAAAGAUGUUUUCAGCAGAGGGCAAGACAGGAGCCAAAGCACUACUUCUGAGAACUCUUGGUGCAAGCUGUCCAAAUGCAGUUACUCUUCCAGCUGGGAGGAGCUGAGUUGUAAUAGCAGCAGAGAGUCUCUCAGGGAUGGGCAGCAAGGGGAGAAGAGCCCAGUGGAGGAGCAGUGCUGCACCACAGAGCCCAAUGGAAGCAGCCAGGACAUGCCCCUGUGCUCCUUACCUCCCAGAGCCUGGCAUCCUGCUCCUCGGGAGCCCCUCCGUGGCUCUGGGGGGUCUCCUCAGCAUUCCUCAGAGGGGUGUGCCCCUCGAGCAGGGAGGAUGGUGGAGAAGGAGCUUCUCUGCAGAGAAGAGCUGCAGGAGGGAAGGAACCGUGGAAGGAGCUCCUCAAAAGAGAAAUCAAAGGGCUCAAACAAUGAGUUUCCUUCCCUCUCUAUCCUCUACUCUGUUCCUACAAGGCAGGAGGAGAAGUCCUUUUCCUGUGCCGAGCUGAGCUGCAGGACCAAGGACAGCAGCAGGGAGGGAAGCAUCGGUCGCUUUGAGUGGCUCCACUCGGGAGAACCUGCAGACAGCACCGAGGGUCCCUCGUUUGAGGCACAGCCCCCCCAGGACAGGAGCCCUUCUGCACCAUCAACAAACAUCGGGCUGAAAACAGGCAGUGACUCCUCUGUGCCUGGCUGGGUGAGCACAUCUGCCAUGCUGGGGAACAGAUCUCUGCAGGUGCCUCAGGUUGACACCCAGGCAGAAACAAUGGAUGACACUGAAUUCGAGCUCAUCAGCCUGGGAGACUUGGUAAAGGAUUAUCCUGCAGCACUGGCUCCAAAGCAUGGAGCAACUCCCAGUGUGCCAACAGCUUUGCCCUCCCUGGGAAAGAUACCCACAACCAAGCACUUUGACUGUGCCACUACAGAGGAGGAUGAAGAGAAGUAUCAGGAUGUGCUGGGCAGCAGGGGACAGUCCAGUUCAUCUCUGAGUUCAGGGAUCACAUCAGCACCGAUGGCCACGAGCUGCCCUGCAAGUUCAGUCCCAAGGGACAGUGGCAUUGCCUUCAUGCCUGGCAGAGUGAAGGAAGAGCUCCUGGAUGCUCGCUUUCUGAGGGAUGAUGAUUACAGGCAGCUCCUGGCAGGGGUGGAGCAUCACUGGCUUGUCCAGAGACUGAUGCCUACUGGGAUCUUUAGGAGCAAAGAGCUUCGCAAAGCAUACUCUGCCCUUCUUCUGAAAUACUCCAAGAAAUCAGGGCUGUGGACAGGCCAGGAGACAGCUGUGUUCAUUGGGGACUACCUGAACGUGGCCAAGGAGGGCAAGCAGAGAAAUGCCUUUUGGAUACACUUCCUGCACCAAGAAGAAAGCCUGGGAAGGUAUGUUGGGAAGGAAUACAAAGAGGAAAAAGGACUCCUCCAUCAUUUCAGUGAUGUGGAGCGACAGAUGACAGCCCAGUACUACGUGACAGAGUUCAACAAGAGGCUGUAUGAGCAGAAGGUCCCUACCCAAAUCUUUUACAUCCCCUCUGCAGUCCUCCUGAUUCUGGAAGACAGAAUUAUAAAAGGAUGUGUGAGUGUGGAGCCCUACAUCCUGGGGGAGUUUGUGAAGCUCUCCAACAACACCAAGGUGGUGAAGAAUGAGUACAAGGCCACGGAGUAUGGUCUGGCUUACGGCCACUUCUGCUACGAGUUCUCCAGGGGAACUGACGUGGUCGUUGACCUUCAAGGUUGGGUGACAGGUAACGGGAAAGGCCUCAUCUACCUCACAGACCCCCAGAUUCACUCCCUCAAUAGCAAAGACUCACGCUCCAACUUUGGGAAGAAAGGAAUUUACUACUUUUUUAAUGAUCAACACGUGGAGUGCAACGAGAUCUGUAGCUGCCUGUCCUUGACAAGGCCCUCCGUGGAGCUGCUGGCCUAG